CAUUUAGACGCAUCACCGGACAUUGGAAAACCGUCCGAAUUGUCCAUGCAAUAUUAUCGGACAUUGUUCAAUCCCAAUUGUAACUGCGCCUUGUCAGACACUGGAAACCACAUAGGACAAUUUGGAAAUGUCCGAUGUCCG